AUGGAAAGAGCAGAGAGAGAUGGUAGUUUGUCUUUUCUCAACCGACAUCCGACCGGAACUGUCGGUAUCCAUUAUGGUACCACCGGACGAAGGGAUCCCAUUGUCUCAUUGCCUCUUGGACCUGGACACCCAUAUAUCACGUGCUCAGACACAAGAAUUGUCAUCCGACAAGUUGAGCAUGUGCGUGUUAUGGGUACAAACAUUCUGUUGGUCGGCUCUUCACCGAAAAGACCAAGGGGUGUUGUACGCAGACAUGCAUCAAUCUUAUCCAGACAAG